AUGUCUCAAUCUAAAAAUUUUCACCCAGCUCUUGCUGUCUCCAACAUUAGGAAUCAUGUUCCUAUUAUUCUCGAGAUGGAAAACGUGCAAUACUCAACAUGGGCGGAGUUGUUCAAGGUUCAUGCACGUUCGAACAAGGUUCUCCAUCACAUCAUACCUCCUCCGGAAGACAAAGCGAAGGCCACGGUCGAGGAGGAGGAUGCCGACAUGUGGGCUACUCUUGAUGCCACGGUCUUGUCGUGGAUUUACGCCAUGAUAUCUAAUGACCUUCUACAAACCAUACUUGAACCUGAUGCUACGGCAAUGGAGGCUUGGAACCGUUUACGUGACAUUUUCCAAGACAAUAAGCAUUCCCGUGCGGUCACUCUUGAGCAGCAUUUUUCAACCACCAAGAUGGAAAAUUACCCCAAUGUCUCGGCAUACUGUCAACGGCUAAAGUCCUUGGCCGAUCAAUUGAAGAACGUCGGGGCUCCGGUGUCUGAGAGUCGUUUGGUGCUUCAACUUGUCUCUGGUCUCACUACUCCGUACCGUGGUGUGGGUACAAUGAUCCGACAAAGUGAUCCCCUCCCUCCUUUUUAUCAAGCCAGGUCCAUGCUUACUCUUGAGGAAUCAGGCUUAGCUAAGGAGGCGGCAAUGGCGUCCGAUUCUGCUAUGGUCGUUGCUCCGAAUGAGGACGAUGGCUCCCCCUUUGUUCCCUCUCAUUCGGGACAGGGGAGGGUUCAACAACAUUCUGGCCGAAAACAGCAACAGAAUGGCCGAAAAAAUUCAGGCGGCCGCGGCAAUGGCUGGCCCGCAAGGACGGCCACAGCAACAGAGUCCAUUCUGGGGGUGGGGUCCGUUUCCUAA